AUGGAGGACGUGGAUAUGGAUGCCUCUCCCAGCCACUUCGACCCGCAGGAUCUCAGCAGCAGAGAGCAAUUUCGUCGAUACGGCAAAUGGCCGUCAAGUAUAUCACCUCGAAAUGAUGGCUCAGCUUCUAGGCUAAGUGAAAUCAGGUCGAAUGCUGCUCUUUUUCUUGAAGAUGUUAAACAGGAGGUUGAGAGCCUUGACACAGAUCAUGGUGGAACUCCCUCCAAGACACCAUUUUCCUCAAAGAGGAGAUUGCUGGUUGAUGAUCUUGGACAAUCAGAACUGGAUUUUGGUGAUGAAUCAGUUCUUGGAAGUGGAUUUCGCUCCUUGAAAGCUUUCAAGCUGGAAGAGGAUGCUGUUGCGGAUGACAGAGACACAACAUGCUCAUUAUUUGCUUCUUUACUUGAUUCUACACUUCAAGGAUUGAUGCCUAUUCCAGAUUUGAUUUUGCGAUUUGAAAAUGCUUGUCGCGAGGUUUCAGAAUCAAUAAGGUCUGGCUCAACUGAACGACAUCGGAUCGUUGAGGAUAAGCUGAUGAGACAAAAGGCCAGGCUCUUGCUUGAUGAAGCUGCAUCGUGGUCCCUUCUUUGGUAUCUAUUUGGGAAAGGUAAUGAAUCCUCUUAUCUUUUUUUAACUUUGAACAUGAAUAGCUCACUUCUUGGAAAUGAAGAAAUUCCUGAAGUACUCAUGUUCCCGAGAACUUCACACUUGGAGGCCUGUGAGUUUGUUUUGGCAAAUCACACAGCACAAUUAUGCCUCCGUAUUGUUCAGUGGCUUGAAGGGUUGGCAUCAAAGGCCCUUGAUUUAGACAACAAGGUUCGAGGUUCUCACGUGGGUACCUACCUACCCAAAUCUGGAAUUUGGCAUAAUACACAGCGGCAUUUAAAGAAAGGUGCCUCAAAUCCAAAGAUCGUUCAUCACUUGGAUUUUGAUGCUUCAACACGUGAAUGUGCCCAGCCAUUAUCUGAUGACAGAAAACACGAUGAAUCCUUUCUUGAAGAUGUAUGGUCUCUAUUGAGGGCAGGGCGACUGGAUGAAGCAUGCAGCCUUUGCCGGUCUGGCGGUCAGCCAUGGCGGGCUGCUACCCUUUGCCCAUUUGGAGGGUAUGAUCUUUUCCCAUCCAUUGAGAGCUUGGUUAGAAAUGGCAAGAACAGGAUCCUGCAAGCUGUUGAGUUGGAGAGUGGCAUUGGUCAUCAGUUUCGUCUCUGGAAGUGGGCUUCUUAUUGUGCAUCCGAGCAAAUUGCAGAGCAAGAUGGUGGGAAGUACGAGUCUGCAGUAUAUGCAUCACGGUGUAGUAACUUAAAACGCAUGCUUCCAAUCUGUACAGACUGGGAGUCUGCCUGUUGGGCAAUGGCUAAAUCUUGGCUUGAUUUCCUGGUUGAUAUGGAACUGACAAUUUCCCAACCUGGUGGAGUGGAUCAAUUUAAAAGUUAUGAAGAAGCUUUAGAGAAAAGUCCAGAACAAGGACAUAAAGGUAACCAGCAAAUGUUAGGACCAGAUACUUGGCCCCUUCAGGUUUUGAAUCAGCAACCUCGGCAGCUUGAUGCACUGCUUCAGAAACUUCAUUCAAGUGACACGGUUCAUGAAGCUGUUACUCGAGCAUGCAAGGAGCAACAGAGGCAAAUUCAGAUGAGUCUUAUGUUAGGAGACAUACCACAUUUGCUUGAUCUCAUAUGGUCAUGGAUAUCACCUUCUCAAGAUCAUGAUAAUCUCUUCAGGCCUCAUGGUGAUCCCCAGAUGAUGCGGUUUGGGGCACACUUGGUGCUUGUACUUAGAUAUCUGCUAGCUGAUCAAAUGAAGGGUCCUUUUGUUGAGAAAACCAUGAUAACUGGUGAUCUUAUUCUUCACAUGUAUACCAUGUAUUUGUUCACAAAGAAGCAUGAAGAAUUGGUUGGCAUAUAUGCUUCGAAGCUUGCACGCCAUCGUUGUGUUGAUCUCUUUGUUCAUAUGAUGGAGUUACGACUUAAUAGCAGUGUGCAUGUAAGGUAUAAGUUAUUUCUUUCUGCCAUCGAGUACUUGCCGUUUUCUGCUGGUGAUGAUUCAAAAGGCAGUUUUGAAGAAGUGAUUGAAAGGAUUCUGUCAAAGUCUCGAGAGACUUCUGCGGGAACAUACGAUGGGUCAUUUAACAUAGCAGAGCAUUACCGGCAGGAGAGUCUUCGAAAAGCCAUGGUCAUCCAAUGGCUUUGCUUUACACCUCCAUCUACUAUCAAGGAUUCUAAGGAUGUUAGUUUCAAACUACUUCUUCGAGCAUUGAUGCAUAGCAACAUUCUCUUUCGGGAGUUUGCUCUCAUUUCAAUGUGGAGGGUGCCAGCGAUGCCCAUUGGGGCUCACACACUUCUUGGUUUACUUGCCGAGCCUUUGAAAGAUCCAAUUGAAACUCUUCUUUCUACAGAGGAUAGUGAUGUUUCUGAGAAUUUGAGAGAAUUCCAGGACUGGAAUGAAUAUUACUCAUGUGAUGCAACCUACCGAAACUGGCUUAAAGUUGCGUUAGAAAACUCGGAAGUCCCCCAUCUGGAACUUUCAGUCGAGGAAGAGAAAAGGGUCAUUGCAGCUGCUAAAGAGACUCUGGAGUCAUCCCUUUUAUUACUAAAAAGAAAGGAAAACCCCUGGUUGGUUCUUGCCGAAGAUCAUAUUUAUGAAUCCAAAGAACCUGUAUUCCUUGAACUGCAUGCUACUGCCACACUCUGCCUACCCUCCGGUGAAUGCAUCUCUCCGGAUGCCACUUUGUGCACAACCUUAACUAGUGCUCUGUACUCAUCAUUGACUGAAGAGGAAGUGUUGAAACGGGAUCUCAUAGUAAAUGUCUCCAGAUCUGAGAGAGAUGAAUACUCUGUUGAGGUGGCACUUCGCUGUUUGGCAGCUGAAGGUGAUGGGCUUGGGCCACAUGAACUCAAUGAUGGCGGAAUUUUAUCUACCGUGCUUGCUGCUGGCUUUAAAGGUGAGCUAGUCAGGUUUGAAGCUGGGGUAACAUUGGAGAUUUCGAGAAUAGAUGCAUGGUAUUCAAACAAUGACGGUGUUAUGGAUGGUCCGGCGACAUAUAUUCUGCGAGGCCUCUGUCGUAGAUGCUGCAUACCAGAAGUCGCUCUUCGCUGUAUGCAGGUUUCGGUUUCACUGGUGGAGUCUGGCAAUCCUCCUGAAAAUCAUGAUGAAUUGAUUGAUCUAGUCUCUUCUCCAGAAACUAGCUUUCUUAAUUUGUUUAGUCAGCGGCAGAUGCAGGAAUUUUUGUUGUUUGAGAGAGAAUACUCCAUUAAUAUGCUGGCACUUCAAGAAGCAACAAUUUCCUAA